UAAGUGUAGUAUAAAGCAAAUAUGUCUGGUCGUGGUAAAGGUGGAAAGGGACUUGGUAAGGGUGGCGCAAAGCGUCAUCGCAAGGUUCUGCGGGACAAUAUCCAAGGUAUUACAAAGCCUGCUAUUCGCCGUUUGGCUCGACGAGGGGGAGUGAAGCGAAUUUCUGGCUUGAUUUACGAAGAAACUCGCGGUGUAUUGAAAGUGUUCUUGGAGAAUGUCAUCCGAGAUGCUGUGACUUACACUGAGCAUGCCAAGAGAAAGACCGUGACCGCCAUGGAUGUGGUAUACGCUUUGAAGAGGCAGGGUCGUACUCUGUAUGGCUUCGGAGGUUAAGUGUCAAUCAAGAUGUAAACUAAACUACCCAAAGGCUCUUUUCAGAGCCACC